CGGGGAGAAAAGUUCUUCCAAAAUAGCAGCCACUCGGCCUAGUGAUGGGGGACUUCGCCUCCCCCGCUGCCGGACCCAACGGCAGUAUCUGCAUCAACAACAGCAUGAACCCGGCCGCCGGGAGCGUGGUGGCCGCCGGGGCGGUGGGCAUACCUAAGCACAGCACGGUCGUGGAGAGGCUGAGGCAGCGUAUAGAAGGCUGCCGGAGACACCACGUAAACUGCGAGAACAGGUACCAGCAAGCGCACGCCGAGCAGCUGGAGAUAGAGCGGAGGGAGACGGUCAGCCUGUACCAGCGGAGUCUGGAACAGAGGGCCAAGAAGUCGUCCGGCGGCAGCAGCAAGCAGCCGCAGAGCAAGCAACCGGACCCGGACUCUGCCUCCUCCACGGAACAGAGGAAUAACACGCUAAUAGCGCUCCAGGAGACUGUAAAGAGGAAACUGGACAGUGCACGGUCGCCCCUCAAUGGAGAACAGAACGGCAUCUGCGACGGAGGCAGCUACUCGCCGACUACCAAACGGGUACGGAAGGAUGGUUCCGGUGGUUUGGACUCACUGACGGGUCUCCCUAACAACAACAAUAACAACAAUGUCCCGCCCAUCUCUCCACUGCAUCACCAAAUGGACAUUAAGCCGUUGCUUGGCGGGCCCAACACUUCCACCGGAAAAAACACUACAAACAGCAACGGCAACCACGUAGGCCCGGCGUCAGACGAGCUGGGGAAGAACGGUGUCAACCAUCUCCAGGACAUGAAGCUGAACGGCUCGCUGGACCUGGAGGACAGCUUCGGCCUCCUCAAAGACCUGAAACAGGAGCCGCUGGACGACGGGGGCGGGAUGGAGUCCUCCGAUCCCCAGUCUCUGUCCAAUCAGAACAAACUGUUCUCUGACAUCAACCUCAACGACCAAGAGUGGCAGGAGCUGAUCGACGAGCUGGCCAACACCGUGCCAGAGGACGACAUGCACGACCUCUUCAACGAGGACUUUGAGGACAAGAAAGAGGCAGAAUUCGGCCGGCCGGGAAACAAUCAGACACCAGGCCCGCAAGACGCAACCGGGAACACGACGGCGCCGCCGGCAGCAGCCCUGCCUCCUCUUCCUCAGCCUCCACAGGGAGGCCCACAGGUUCCCAUGGGCUCUCCGCAGGUCCGACCAUCUUCGUCAGGCCCGCAGUUUGCCACCACUGCCAAUGGAACGCCUCCUCAGCAACCUUUGCAGCAGUCUCCAGCCGUUGCCAUGGCAUCGGGUUCCCCGUUGCACAACUGUGUGGCUCGCUCCCCUCAGACCCCAACCCAGGCUCAGACGCAAGCAGUCUCUAGGCCUGGGAACGGAUACAUGAUGAACCCAGGCCCUGGGGUCAGUCAGGCGGGCACAGGACCCGGAGCGGCUGGAGUCGCCCCUGGAGGUCAGCCUGUAGGGCCAGUGACGCCGGAACUUUCUCCAGCAGAGCAGCUCAAAGCAAUGGCUCAGCAGCGGGCUAAACUGCUGCAGCAAAAGCAGCAGCAACAAGCAGCCAACUGGUCCCCUGCCGGUGCUCCAACCAGUCCCUAUAACUCUGGUCCCUUUAACCAAGACAAACCCAACAGCCCCAUGAUGUACCCACCGCAAGCCUUUAACACGCCACAGGGCCCUCUAGUGACUGGGAUGGCCCCCAACAAUGGGCCCAAAGCCCCCAUGAACAACUACCUCCCUCACAACCACAUGGGCAUGAUGGGCCAGCAGCAGCCAAACAGCAUCAACCAGAACGCCCUGUCCAAACAGCAGCAGCAACAGCAGCAGCAAACGGCGGCCAUGUUGUCCUACAACAACACUAAACCGCUGAGUCACUUCAGCGGCAGCGGGGUCGAUCACCUAGGCCAGAGGAUGACUCCUCCCAUGGGAGGGAACAAUCAGGUCAAGAACCCCAUGAUGCCUCCCUACAUGGGCGGUGCGGGAGGCGGUGGCCAGGGGGCGGGGCCAGGGCAGACCCAGGGGCCGAUCCCGGGACAGACGGCCCACCUGAGUGAGGAGCAGAAGAGGAUGCUGCUGAUGAAGCAGAAAGUGUUGAACCAGAACAUGCCCUACAGCGCCAUGCAGCCUCACGGACAGGAACAAGGUGUGGUGGGAAUGUCACGGCCACCGGGCGCCAUCCCGCCUCCUCACCCUGCUGGGGGCGUGGCCUCAGGGGUGGGGCCCAACCAGGGUUCAGGACCACCUCCGGGCUACGUGGGCAACCAGCAGCAGGCGGCCAUGAUGAAACAGAUGAUAGCGAUGGAGGAGAAGAGGGUGCAGAUGCACAUGAUGGAGCAGCAGAAACAGCAGCUCUUCAGAGAGCAGAGGCAGCAGCAGCAGCAGCAGCAACUCCUGGCCGAGCAGCUCCAACAGCAGCAGCAUCUCCCCAGACAGCUGGGCCAAGGCCAGAGGAAUCCAUACCCCCAAGUCAAUCAGUACCAAGGCCCUCCUCAGGACUUGGCAUCCAGAAGCCAGGCGCUCCAGAACAUCCGGGCCGCCCGUCUCCUACAACAGCAGCAGCAGAACCAGCAGCAGAUGGUCCAGAUGAGUUCUGUACAGGGCCAAGGGGGCUCCGUGGGACCCCAAACUGACAUGGGCUUACCCUACGGCAACCAGGGGUCCAACCAGGGUUCCCUGUACGGCCUCAACCCCUCCAUGAGCCAGAUGAUCCACCAGCAGCAGCACCAGAGCCAAAGUGUCCAAGCCUCCAUGGGUCUUCCACCGCAGCACAACCCCGCCGCAGGGCCGCCCCGGCAGGCAGGUGCAGGUCCUGGGGUUGGGGUUAUGUCCGGAGGCCCCGGAGGUGCUGGAGCUGGAGGGUAUGGCGGACAGGGGAUGUUAAUGAACUCCAUGAGCCAGCAAACCCUCAAAGGCCCUCCCAAAGCCCAAGCACAGAGACUACAAAGCAUGCUGGGAGCAGGAGGAGGAGGCGGGGGAAUGGUGGCGGGUGGCUGGCCGCAGCAGCAGGGACAGAGUCUGCAGGCCAUGGGGGGAGGAGUCGGAAGGACUACAGGAGCAGGGGGAGGAGACAUGGUGGGGUUCAGCUCCAGCCAGGGUUACGGGAUGCAGCCGGGUCAACCCCCGCGCAUGGCCAAGCAACACUUUCAGGGCCCGGGCCAGGGGAUGAGCCAGGGAAUGGACCCCAGAGUGGGCAACCCAGCGGCCGGUAUGGGGGGCCCAAUGAUGGGCCCUCACAUGGGCGCUCAGCCCAGGACCAACCAGCCCCGGCCCAUGGUCAUAAACCAGGGGAUGAACCAGGGGGUGAUGGGCCAGGGGAUGAGUGGGAUGGGGGGGUUUGGGCCGGGCCCCGGGGGGCCUGGAAUAGGGGCAGGGGGGGGAGGAGGUGGACCCUAUGGACCAGGGGGAGUCGGGGUUGGAGGUCAACCACCGGGCUACCAGAGGACAGCCAAUCAGGACAUGCCAUCCUAUGGAUAUGGGGGCGGGCCCUCAGGGGGAGGAGCCUUCGGAAUGGGCGAUGGCUCAGGGGCAGAGCUGAACUCAAACAAUGUUUGGAUUGACAAUUUGUUCUCGAGCCAAUAG